AUGCCCGAUUUCAUCUUUGACUCCCAAGUGCACACUUUUGAGCAGGUUCGCUAUCUCGGCUUUGUGCCACUCGCCUCUCUGGUCAAUCCAGAGGAGCAGGGUGGUGUCUUAAGUGCUGCUGCCAAGACCCUGCUCAUCAAGCUCCAAAAGCUUCACGAUCGCUUGGUUUCCGAAAGCAUCGCCAAGAAAGGCGGGAAUGCCGAUGACCCUCGUCUGCGUAACGCAGCCAGCAAAUUCUUGACCAAGCAUGGGCAUGAUGUGCGUCGCGGUGAUCCGGUCACCGUCCUCGCUGCGACCCACGCCGUCACGAUCAAGCCGACCAUUGAUGUGACGGCCGAGCCAUUCUUCUUUCAGACCGUUCAUAUGGUGCAAUGCACACACUACACUGACGAACAAACGACAGACAAGCAAGACAUCAUCGUCGUCCAACACAGUGGCGAUGGUCGUGCAGCCUGUCACUUGUUUGCCGUCGCCCCCAAGGCCAGCCGCGACUUUCUUGAUACACUUCUUGAAGCGGCGCGUAUUGGGCGACGCAUCGAGCGUCAGAACGAGGCGACAGAGCAAUACCAUGCGUCUGAAGAAGCACAGAAAAAGCAACAAGCUGCGCCGGGUAGCCAGCAUCGUCGCGUUGCGCCAGCCGAUUCGGACGAUCUGACGCUGGCCGUUGGCAUUGGUUUGAAGCGGCGUUCCUCCAUUAAGAUUAACGCAGGGCUGCGGCGCAGAAACUCGGUGCAAAAGUCCAAAGGCAAGCGUGCGAGCCUGUCAUCUUCUGUGGGGGGCACUUCUGCCGUCUUGGCCGAGGUGCACGAAGAGGCGUCGGCGCGAGCUUCCAUGAUCUCUUUCCUGACUGACGACGAUAACAACAGCUAUGGUGUGGUUCUAUAUCGCGCCUCAUUCUUGUGCUUAUCGAGCACGCAUGAUCAACCCCGGCAGGAAAGCGCUUUUGCCUUACAGACUGAUCCUGUGCCUCCAUCUGCCGCAGGCUUUGGAGCAGAGGACGAUCUUUUGGAUGACAUUGACGAAAGUCUCUUCGCGACGUCCGAUGUUGUGGAAGAGGCGGAUGUGGGCGAUAUGAACAUGGAUGGGUUUGGGUUCAACGAGGAGGAGGAAGAAGGAGGCUUUGGCUUUUGA